AUGGAUGAUGAAAUCUUCGGGUAUCCUCUGGAAACAACUCUCCAGAUUUCACGGCCUGCAACCACUGAGAGCAUCUUUCACAUUAUCAAUCUCUUCCUAGACCGACUUCACGCGUCAAUGCCUUUCUUUGAGCGCUCCUACUUGCUCGAUAACAUACAUGCUCAAAGACCCCUGUACGACCAGUCAUUCAACGCACUGAUUCAUGCAAUCAGUGCCUUAACCGUCUUCCAGAUGAUGCAAAAAGGAUCUGAAAACCCCCGCUCGUCGAUUCACAUCGACCAAGCAGAACGGCUACUCGCAGAAGCCGUGCGAUUGCACUCUCACGCCGACUUUGGCGAGAACCCAGUCCUGGAGCACGUUCUCACAAGCGUGUUUUUGUUUGGUUGUCAGUUUUCUAAGGGCAAUCAUCACGCUGCUAGAUUUCGGCUUCGAGAAGCAAUUACUUUGGCUGAAACCAUGGGCUUGGAUGAUCCGCAAACGUACGAGAAUAUCUCCCGGGACGAGAAAAAUAGGAGGUUGAGGACCUUUCUUUGUUUGACGGUAAUUCAUCGCGUAUACGCCAUUCAAAGAGACAGCCCCAUAAACGACUACCUCCUCACCAGCAGCCGCCUCCACACAGUCCGCACAACCCUAACCCAACUCUCCACCAACUCCGGCCAACCCGACGAAAAAGCCAUCGCAGGCCUCGGCUACAUGGUCGACCUAAUCGACUUCGUUGACUCCACCUUCGUCAAAUGCUGGCGCAACCAAUGCUGGAACGACGCAAGCCCCACCCACAUCUCCGCAAAGACCGUUUCCACACUGUUGCAACGAUACACCGAACCCAUGUCCACGCGCGAAUCCCCAAACGAUGCCCAAAGAGCCGAUGUACUGGUUACGAGACAUUGGAUCUGCCACAUCCUGUGGGACCUCGGCUCCCGCCACGGGUUCCUCCACGAGAAAAACGCAGUAGCGCAGAUGAGACCAGACUACGCAUUAACAAUCGCACACGAUAGUAUCGACACGUGCGAAUCCCUCGAUAUGCCAUCCCUGGAAUGCCAUGGCAUCGGACUGGUCGAGAAACUUUACGAUAUCGUUACCAGUGCGAUUAAGGCGACACAGCCGAUGGAGGUUGGCUCUGCGAUGCCGCAUUUGGCGAGUGCUGCGCUCGGUUCUGACCGAGAUGUCAUUCUAUCCUGGCCAGUGGGGUCGGUAAUCGAGCCCGCUUUGAAUGAGGGAGAAGGAAGCGCUUGGGAUGAGGAGAUAGUGUACCCGAAAAGUACCCCGUGUUUAGCUGAUUUCGUCAAUCGGUUUCUUGUUAUUUUCGCGUCGUUUCGCGGCGGGAAACAUCCGUAUUUGAGGCCGUAUAUGCGGAUGCUGUGUGAUUUGGAGCUUGCUUGA